AUGAGAAACAUCAGACUACUCUUUGCAGUUUCUAUAGUCUUUUUAAUUCUUUUACACUGUGCAAGUUAUUGCGAAGCCGAGAAAAACCAUGAAUGUCCCCCUACUUCUUGCGGCAGCAUCACAAACAUUAGCUACCCGUUUCGACUUAGAGGCGACCUCGAAAAUUGUGGUGAUUCGAGCUACGAACUUGCUUGUGAGAACAAUCGCACUAUCCUCUAUCUAAAUUCCAGCAGAUUCUUCGUGCAAUCAAUUUCUUACAAUAACUACUCGAUUCGAGUACUUGAUCCUGGUCUGGAAAAAACCAGUUGUGCUUCAUUUCCAAUUAACAAUCUGAUGUCAUUAGAAUCGGACGUUUUUUACCCGUAUUUUUUUUUGAUAAAUACUCCUAUAAUAUAUAUCCACUGUGAAGCUCCUGCAAAGUCUCCUUUUUAUGUUGAUACAUGCAUUUGCAGUAAAAAUAUUUCUCCGCAGAAAUAUUCCUAUCUUGUAGUCGGAAACGAAGUCAGAUUUGCAGAUUUAGAGGAUUCCUGCAGUAUUGACACAAUGGCGUGGAUUUCAAAAGAAUUUCCCAUAGUUUAUGAUGCCUCCUGUUCAGACAUUCAAGAUGGGCUGGCUUCCGGAUUUGUGCUUUUGUGGUACCGAGUCUAUUGCAGCGAAUGUUAUGCAAAAAACGAAAUGUGUCUUAACAAAGAUGAUAACACCAUCGAAUGUCAUGCAAAAAACGAAGAUUGUCUUAAGAAGGAUGAUAAUACCUUCGAAUGCUUCCCUUCCUGCGGAAUUUCCGACCUAUCGCACAGAUGUUUAUUGCGGACCUGGGCGGGCCUAAGAUACUUCUGGACAGAGCAUCACAGGUUGCUGGAACAAAUCCUAGGAUCGAUUCUUGCAGCAAGAUUUUUUUGUGGGAUUCUAUUUAUGAUGAAACCUGACGAUCGUCCUUCCAUGACUAAAGUUAUAGAGAUGCUCGAAGGAGAUGUUGAGUUGUUGCUAUUGCCUCCAAAGCCAUUCCUCUCUCCAGAAGAAAUGCCGGACAGUGAUAUAGACAUGAAUGACAUGGAGUUUUGCUCGAAGGAGAUGUUGAGUUGUUACAAUUGCCUCCAAAGCCAUUCCUCUCUCCAGAAGAAAUGCCGGACACUGAUAUAG